GUCCACAGAAGGCAGCAAUCGGCUCAGCAGACAGGUAGAAGAUGGGAACGGGUCAGAUAUUGAAGGAUUUUGCACUGAGCGGACUUGUAGCGGCAAUGUUUUAGAAUAACCUUCCAUGCGCGCCUUGGAUUAUUCUCUGUUGUAUCGAUCACUGAUUACCACUGCGUACGGCUCGUGCAGGCUACUUCAGUUGUUAAUUUCAAUUCCUGAUCAUUGCAUUAGGUUAGUCAAUAAAAUCAAUCAUGGUCAUGUUCAUAAGGACAAUAUUGCUCUAUUGUUUUGUGAUUCUACACUCCAGAUCCGUUAAUUGCAUGGAGAGUGAACGUGAACUUUGCUACCCUAUUAGACUUGAUGACCAACAAUAUGAGAAGAAUGUUUUUGACAACGGCAAGGAUAUUCUUACGAGGAGAAUUGUUCUUAAAAUAAGCGCCUUCCAGCAGGAGCUAGUGCUUGAUUUACAUCCAGAUUCUAAUUUCCUUGCCCCCACCAUCUCUGCCUCCAGUCCAGCUGCAAGCGGGGACCUGAGCAGGUGUUUUUACUCUGGUUAUGUCAACUCAGACCGGCUUUCAUACGCAGCGCUGAGUCUGUGCAAGGGCUUGCAAGGCGCAUUCGGUUUCAGAGGCUGGGAAUAUUUCAUCAACCCUGUCCACAAUGACACCACUUCAGGAAAUACCAGGAGCGCCGAGAGCGUCCAUGUUAUCCGGCGCCGUAGCAACGAUAACCUCAAUGGUAACUCGACCUCCAGGUGCGCGGUGGACACGGGUCUGAGUCCCGAGGUCGCCGCGUCUUUGGAGAAAUACAAGCACUUAUACAAAGGGCACAAUGUGACUGAAACAAUGUUGAAAGGUAUCAAAGGUAGAUCCAAGAGAUUCGCCUCCAUCCCCAGAUACGUGGAGACGCUGGUCGUUGCCGAUGAGUCCAUGGCUAGUUUCCAUGGAGAUGACCUUAAACAUUACCUCUUGACCCUCAUGUCUGUGGCAGCUAGGCUCUACAAACACCCCAGUAUUCUCAACUCCAUCAACAUUGUAGUUGUGAAGUUCAUUGUGCUAACUGAUGACGACAAAGGACCCAAGGUCUCCGGCAAUGCAGCAAUGACGCUGCGUAACUUCUGCACUUGGCAAAAAAAGAUGAAUAAGAAUAACGACAAGCAUCCAGAGUAUUGGGAUACAGCCAUCCUGUUCACCAAGCAGGUAAAGUUUAGCUUUAUUUAUUCCGUCAACAUGGGGGUGCUCUCUCUCUGACACCUUGCGAUUAGCAUGGGAUGGAAGUUAGCUUAUUGCAAAGGUAUUGGGGCAGUAACCGAAAAGUUGCUAGUUUGAAUCCCCAAUCCUCUUAACCUUAAUUGCUCCAGGGUUUCCGUCAAUAAUGGUUGAUUCCUGCCCAUGACCCCACCUCACACUUGUACAGGUUUCCCACUCGUACAUGCAGUGAAACAGGAUACAUUUAAGCACCCCCUAUUUGACCUUUAAUGGUUUGCAAAUAUGCAUGCAUCUGUGCAAUUAGAAUGACUGUGUAAUUUGCAUGCAGAAUGAGGAUUAUUUUGAUGCAUUGAACCAUUGCAAUAGUUUGAAAAUGGGAAUAGAAUUGAAUGCACCACAUAAGCAGUCUAAUCCAGUCUAUAAUGCUGAACAGCAUCUUCAAUUAGUCAUCAGUGAGCUAUAGGCAAUUUGUUUGUCUAUGGUGGCAUAGGUGCCAUAUAAUAAAAUGUGUAUCACAAGGAGGUAUGGGAGCCUUGGCAUAGAUUAAUGUAAACCCAGUGGCACACAAGACAUAGCCGUAGACGUAAGCAUAGCUAAGCCAACCCAACCCCAGGUUUCAUAAAGUAGACACUGACUUGCUUUAUGCUUGUUCACAAAUCACAAUGCUUAUUUAUAAAAGGAUGGGUUCAGUGUGUUGUCCCUGCCCUUAAACGUUAAUUGAUUUGCACUCAAACACACUUUCACCUCUGGUGAACUCUGAGACAAUCCUCAGCUGUUGGGAGGGAGAAGUUGACAGAGAGGAAGAGGGAGAGAGGGGGAGAGGGAGAGAGAGGGGGAGAGCGAGAGAGAGAGAGAGAGAGAGGGAGAAGGAGUGGGAGAUGGAGAUUAAGAGGGAGAGAGAGGGAGGGAGAGAGAGAGGGAGAUGGAGGGCCGCGCCCACAGCACAGUGUGGACAGACCAGACCACCCAUUACUCACACAGCCAAACAACAAGACUCUACAUGCCACGUGGCCAACCGGCUGGCCAGCCCUAACACUGAAGUAAGGACAGGGAUGGACAUGGUCCAAGUUUACCAUUGCAACCAAAAAUAAUAACUCAGUCAGAGCAGAGUGGCAGUUAUUUGAAAUGGAAGUAAGUAAUAUUUUUGUUUCUGUUUUUCUGACAUAUUUUCUUUUUGAUUUAUUUCUACAUUUCAGGCAAGGUCAGAGUUGAAGUCCCUCCUUACAUUCCAACCAUUAUUAGAGAAGGUGUAGCUCUUUGACCCAAGAAGAGACAUGUGAACACUCACUUCUCAGCCAAGUUUCAGACAGCCAUGAUAUGACAGACAGGCAGGCAGACAGACAGACACUGAGACUUUAUACAGUCCUUUGUUUUCCUUAGUAAAGCAGGUUGUCCAUGGUUCACUGUCUUGAAGGCAGGCAUGCAUUUAGUGGGGAGAGAGAUUCAGACACCUCCAAUAGUAGCAGGGAAUACAGUUACCAUACAGUUACCUGCUGUAGUCUCAGAGCUUUCAUGUAAUAAAUAGAAUGGCAAAGCCAAACCUAAUGUCAGUGCAGUGCUGUACUCAACCACCCUUACUUGGCAGAUGUCAUUUAAAUAAUGUCAUAUUCCGGAUCAUGUCAUAUAGCACAUUAUGUCAUGGCCAAUUUCUUCAAGACCAAGUCACUGUACUUUCUAGCGAACAUACUGAACAUAAUAAUCCAAUAGGAAAUUGACCAACAAACUAAUUCAACUAGCUUAGUUAUUUUACCUGUGCUCUGUGACAAGGGAGUGCCAGUCAGUCUAUCAGUACCCCGAGGGAUGCAACAAUCGGAAGUGUCUUGUUUUAUGUGGACCUUCCCCACCCUGCCUUGUCUCCAGCUGUAAAUGCUCCGACCUGUCUCUCCCCACCUCCCCCAUUCCCCUCUGAGGAUGCCUGAUCUGCUCCCCAUUAAAUAUGCCCCUGGGGAAGAACACCAUGAACAUGUCAGAAAUUCCCCUAUCCUUCUCUCCCUCCCUCCAAGUCUCUGGGCUUGGCCGACUUGCUUGCCCCCGGUCUGAAACCACAGCAGCACUAAAGGAGGGAGAGCCUCGCAGCUGCAGCCAGCCGCAAGGGACAGGAGUCAGCACACCUCUCCUCUGCCUAGUGCACAUUUCUCAUCUGGGUUGUUGGCUCAGUUUUAGCUUUUUGAUUUAGAUCUGUUUGUGUGUAUUUCAAUUCAUUCCUGCGUUUCUACCAUGUGACCUCUACAGCAAUUACUUUUUGACCUAUUAACCUGUCACUCGUCAGUGUUGUUCACCUACACAUAUUGUGAAAAUCAUUAUGAAAGUUGAUUGAGAAUUGAUUGUCGGCUAUUCAAAAUACACUGGAGAUUUAAUACAAUUACACAAUAACUACACAAUUACACAUCUUGUUUCUUUUUAAUUUACCAUAGUGGUUUCCAGUUGGCUAAACCUUACCUUUAAUAUAGCCCAACUUUAUCGAGUCCCUCAGAUUUACACCUAAUAAAAGAGGCUUAGUAGCACUGUCAGUGUGGAGUGGCACAGUUGGCCAUCAUAAGUCACACACUUCCCUCUCAAAACCCCAAAAGUGACAAAGAAGCCUUGUAAGUCAUUUUAAGUGGCACCAUAUGAGCCUGUCAUCCUAAAACCACUAAAUAUAAACAGUCUCACGUCAGGCUAUAACCAAGUAAUUACACAUUAAUAACAUAACAGAGACUGACUGUUGUGUGUGUCAGCACGUUGGCUGUGGUAAAGAGUGGCAAAGAAUGGCAAUUUGGAUCAGCAUCACUAUUAGAAAAUGGAAUGUGUCAGAAUCAUAUCUCCAGGCGACGCUUUGGUUGGCUUAGUUGGCAGCUGUAUAGGCUGAAUGUAGGCUAGAAAAGUAAUGUCAAUCACAAUAGGCCUAUUAGAAGUGGAGUAGAUUGAUCAAACUUAAUUCAACAAGUUGGAUGAAUAUGUUAUCUCUAGAAUUACACGCUGCAGUCAUUGCCUUCACAGUAAUGUUGGUAACCAUACCGACCAUUGGCAAAAGGAUUUGUUAUGACCAGUGAGAAACUAUUCAGUUCUGUGAGGUAAAACCUUCCAAAGCAUGGGCUUGGGCUCAUAAUUUAAAAAGAUACUGUCAUGGGAAGUGGGAGAAAGAAAGACUUGAAACAAUCCGUUUCAGUUUAAAUGUAGCUCCCUCAGGCAUUCAGAUUAUUCCUCAUGACAAAUGAGUCUUAAUGUUCCUGAACAUUGGAGGGGACGUGAAAGACUAACAGAUCUCACCUUCAGCUGUGAAGCUGUCAUUAUGAGACCCAAUACUCCCAAUGGGCCCCUUACAACUACCACACAGCAGACCCUUGUGUGAAUUUCUUGACUUUCUUUUAUUGGCAGUAAUCUUAACUUCCUCCUCUCCUCUCACCCCACUCCCACUCUCUCCAGCUCUCCUUUCCAUUUCCACUCAUGUCUGUCUAUAAUAACAACACGUCUGAUUCAACAUGUUAAAGCUGAGUUGUGGUGGACACUGGUAUGUAGUCUGUGACUCAGAGAGAGAGCGAGUGAGAGAGAGAGAGAGAAAGAGAGAGUGAGGGGAUAGUGAGAGAGGGGAUAGAGAGAGAGGGAGAGAGAGGAGGGGGGAGAGAAGGGGGAGAGUGGGAGAACUAGAGAGAAAGAGAGAGUGGGAGAAGGUAGAGUGAAAGAGAGAGUGGGAGAAGGUAGACAAAUUGAGAGGGAGUUGGAGAGAUAGAGAGAGGAAGAGAGAGAAAUGGAAAGAGAAGGAGGGGUAAUGCACACAUGGAACAGUUUGGACGUUAUAAAAGCUUAAUGAAAGUCUGCUGUUUGUACCACCGGGUGCCAAUUGGGUCAGUGUUGCUUGAGGAGAGGAGCCGUCUUUGGCACAGUGACGAUGAAUAGGUUUUGCCAGACCUGGGGUGGUGGUGAUGCUGAUGAUGCAGUCAGCCGACCUUGGUCCAUAGCAGGAGACAGUCAUAGGACACUUUCCAUGCUUGUGGCAUAGGCAUUUUCAUUCUAAAUACCCAGCGGGCAUGACAUCACAAUGACGUAAUUUAAAUCAGUUUCUAACGCCAUUUCAACCAUUUUCCCCCUGCUGAGUAGGCACAUUAGAUAUAGAUGCCUGUGAAAGGGUCUUGAAAUGGUUUGCAAUCAACAGCACAAUGGCUCGAGGAAGGCACAGAUUGCGCCUGAUGUGAUGUUUACUUAUGCUGAGUUUAAUGUACUAUACUUAUGCGUAUUAUAUAGGCCACUCAGCUCUCACAGGGAGCCUCAGUUCUCCCCAUGGCUCCUUCCUUACUGCUCUGCAGCUUGCAGAGAUCGCACAGUAACGUCCACAGAAUGUGCAGUGUAUGUGAAAACCCCUUUUCCAAAAGAUUAGUAAUGGAUUCUGACCAUAAACCUGCCAGAUUCAUAUUUCCCCAGAGAGGGCUGGAGGGGAGAGUAACUCUACACUAAGUUUGCUAUUAACUUCCAUGAUAGACAGAUACACACCAGGGUAACAAGGGGGAAGGACACACCUAGCUAAGUAUUUCCAGAUCUUAUAAAACCCUGCCCGGUGAUACUGGUGGAUGAGACCAAGGUUUCCAGUUGUCGGUGCAAGCUGCUGCAGUUGUUGUUGUGCAACUUGUUUAGUGCCUAAUUCUUUCUCGCUGUUGCUCUUUUAACAUUGUGCAACAACAUGUUGCUUUUGAAUAUGCCUCCAGGCCCCUACUAAUCAGCCACCGGCUGAUUGAUUGAAUCACUGCAACUUUGAUUGGUUCCCAGCCCUACUCUGUUCUGUUGCAAUGCUGUGCAACAACAUGUUGCUUUUGAAUGUCCCCCCAGGCCUUACUGAGCCGUCACUAGCAACAUGACAUGUUAUGAAGGGGAGGGUAUCCUACUCUGUUCUAUGCCUGGUUCUGUGAAAAGAGGAAGUAACAUGCAGAAACAAGGUCACCAAAAAGCUGUGGGUCUUUUAAUUAUGAUUAGUCAGGAUUGGAACAAUAUUAUUGGUCAUUGUCAUUAAAGAGCUGGGUGAGUGAGUCCACACCGUGGAAAGAUGGAGAGGAUGGAGAGUCAGGAUUGGCGGUUGUGUGUGUGUGUGUGUGUGUGUGUGUAUGUGUGUGUGUGUGUGUGUGUGUGUGUGUGUGUGUGUGUGUGUGUGUGUGUGUGUGUGUGUGUGUGUGUGUGUGUGUGUGUGUGUGUGUGUGUGUGUGUGUGUGUGUGUGCGUGCGUGCGUGUCUGUGUUAAACAGCUGGGUGAGUGAGUCCACACCAUGGAAAGAUAUGGCGGAUGUGAAAAGUAGGUCAUUGGCAGAUGAAAACACAGCAGCUCAUUGCAGUUUAAUAUAUUUUCUCAUAGGCCCAGUGCAAUCAAAAACGUGAUUGUCCUGUGUUGCAAUCACUAGCACAUUAGAGGCUGCUGCCAGUAGACAUAGACUAGAAAUCACUGGCCACUUUAAGAAAUGGAACACUAGCCACUUUAAUAAUGUUUACAUAUCUUGCAUUACUCAUCUCAUAUGUAUAUACUGUAUUCUAUACUAUUCUACUGUAUCUUAGUCCAUGCCGCUCUGUCAUUGCUCGUCCAUAUACACGACCAGUCAAAAGUUUUAGAAAACCUACUCAUUCAAGGGUUUUUCUUUAUUUUUGAUAUUUUAUAUAUUGUAGAAUAAUAGUGAAGACAUCAAAACUAUGAAAUAACACAUAUAUAAUCAUGCAGUAACCAAAAAGUGUUAAACAAAUCAAAAUAUAUUUUAUAUUUGAGAUUCUUCAAAUAGCCACCCUUUGCCUUGAUGACAGCUUUGCACACUCUUGGCAUUCUCUCAACCAGCUUCACCUGGAAUGCUUUUCCAACAGUCUUGAAGGAGUUCCCACAUAUGCUGAGCACUUGUUGGCUGCUUUUCCUUCACUCUGCGGUCCGACUCAUCCCAAACCAUCUCAAUUUGGUUGAGGACGGGGGAUUGUGGAGGACAGGUCAUCUGAUGCAGUACUCCAUCACUCUCCUUCUUGGUAAAAUAGCCCUUACACAGCCUGGAGGUGUGUUGGGUCAUUGUCCUGUUGAAAAACAAAUGAUAGUCCCACUAAGCCUAAACCAGAUGGGAUGGCGUAUCGCUGCAGAAUGCUGUGGUAGCCAUGCUGGUUAAGUGUGCCUUGAAUUCUAAAUAAAUCACAGACAGUGUCACCAGCAAUGCACCCCCACACCAUAACACCUCCUCCUCCAUGCUUUAUGGUGGGAAAUACACAUGUGGAGAUCAUCCGUUCACCCACACCGCGUCUCACGGCGGUUGGAACCAAAAAUCUUCAAUUUGGAUUCCAGACCAAAGGACACGUUUCCACCGGACUAAUGUCCAUUGCUCGUGUUUCUUGGCCCAAGCAUGUCUCUUCUUCUUAUUGGUGUCCUUUAGUAGUUGUUUCUUUGCAGCAAUUCGACCAUGAAGGCCUGAUUGACAAGUCCCCUAUGAACAGUUGUUGUUGAGAUGUGUCUGUGACUUGAGCUCUGUGAAGCAUUUAUUUGGGCUGCAAUUUCUGAGGCUGGUAACUCUAAUUAACUUAUCCUCUGCAGCAGAGCUAACUCUGGGUCUUCCAUUCCUGUGGCGGUCCUCAUGAGAGCCAGUUUCAUCGUAGCGCUUGAUGGUUUUUACGACUGCAUUUGAAGAAACGUUCAAAGUUCUUGAAAUGUUCCGUAUUGACUGACCUUCAUGUCUUAAAGUAAUGAUGGACUGUCGUUUCUCUUUGCUUGUUUGAGCUGUUCUUGCCAUAAUAUGGACUUGGUCUUUUACUAAAUAGGGCUAUCUUCUGUAUACACCCCCUACCUUGUCACAACACAACUGAUUGUCUCAAACGCAUUAAGAAGGAAAGAAAUUCCACAAAAUAACUUUUAAGAGGGCACACCUGUUAAUUUAAAUGCAUCACCUCAUGAAGCUGGUUGAGAGAAUGCCAAGAGUGUCUAAAGCUGUCAUCAAGGCAAAGGGUGGCUGUAGGAAGAAUCUAAAAUAUAAAAUAUUUUUUGAUUUGUUUAAUACUUUUUUGGUUACUACAUGAUUCCAUAUAUGUUAUUUCAUAGUUUUGAUGUCUUCACUAUUAUUCUACAAUGUAGAAAAUAGUAAAAAUAAAGAAAAACACCUGAAUGAGUAGGUGUUCUAAAACAUUUGACCGGUAGUGUAUGUAUAUAUUCUUAAUUCCAUUCCUUGCUUAGAUUUGUGUGUAUUGGGUAUAUGUUGUGAAAUUCUUAGAUAUUACUUGUUAGAUAUUACUGCACUGUUGUAGCUAGAAGCACAAGCAUUUCGCUACACCCACAAUAACAUCUGCUAAACACGUGUAUGUGACAAAUACAAUUUGAUUUGAUUUUAUAUAUAUUUCCACACAAUGAGGUUGAAAUAAUACUAUGAAAUUGUGUAUGAUGAUAAUGCCCUUUUAGUGUAAGAGCUGUUUGAAAAGAUGCCUGAAAUUUCUGCCUGUAUUGGUGGGAUGGAGUUUUGGCCUGCCUGAUGAUAUCACCAGGUGGUAAAUUAGUUAAUAGACCAAUAAGAAAGAGAGUUCUAAACCUCUCUGCCAAUAACAGCUAGUUUUCAGUGUUCCCCUCCCCACUCAGACCACUCCCAGACAGUCGUAGAAAAAUUAUUGCUUGAAAAAUUGCUCUUUGCUAAGAAGCUAUUUUUGUUUCUUUUUGACUAUUUUAAUUGAAAAAAAUCACAGGUACUUGUUAACCAGAAAUUAUUUGAUAUUGAGAUAAAAACACACAUGCGCACGCACACACAAACACACACACACACACACACACACACACACACACACACAUGCACAAACACACAAAGGCAAGCACACACACAGGCGAGCACAGCAUGCAUACACACAUCUGGAUUAGACAGUCAUCUUCUAACAAUUGUGGUGUAUACUGGAAAUAAUUUGUCACAGUACUUUAAGUCUUCAGUUUGGAUAUACUUGUAAAUACCAGAUCAAAGCUGAGAGGAGCUUUGGGAUCGAGGGUUUUUACUGUGUGUUUGUGGAAGAUUCUACUCUAGUGUGCACAGCCUCGCAUCAGAGCAAUACAAAACAUUCUUAAUGUAUUUCUGAGCACCUCCAACAUGUAUGAUACCUACUAAUGGUCUAGUUACUUUAGACAGAAACUAAAGUAGGGUGAUUGGUUGGGCGUAAUCUGCGACCAUCUAGCAAUCUAAAGGUUGUGUGUUCGAGUCACGUCGGGAACAACUGUAUGAUUUUAACUAACCCUUCCCCUAACCUUUAUUCUAAACUUAACCCAAUUCACCUAACCUACUACGUAAAUUCACCUAACCUUUGUUGUUUUAGUUCCCCUAACCUUUCACGUAAUUUAUCCUAACCUUUGUUGUUAGUCCCCCUAACCGCCAGCGUAAAUUCUCCCCGUAAAUCUACUUUGUUGUUACACACAACAAGCAACCUGGUCUCAGAGAAAGACGUAUAAUACUACAUGUCCUCCAAGAUGUUUGAUAACUUCCGUCAUCCAAUUCGUAUUCUAUUUUACGACCAGGUAAGAUGUAUGAUACUAUACGUCCUCUAAUUUCUAUGAUAUUGUACGACCGCUAUUCCAUUCAUAAUGUAACCUGACGUCACGUAACAUACUGUAUCAUACUAAAUUGAGUGUCACAGAUUGACUUAAAGAAUAAUACAAAUUGCCCUGAGACCAUGUUGGUGUGCAUGGAUAUUCUCAAUAGUAAUGAUGGGUGUAUGUAUAAGGCGUUAGCUCAGCUCUAAUGGUUGACCAUGGCAUUGCUGUUUGUAAGUACUGCUGGAAAGUCAAUUUUAAGACCAAUUUGGGCAGAAGGGCAUUGCUCCAUGGGUUUUUUGGGUACUGCCUGGUUGUCAGUGAGGCCUGUGAUAAUGAGCUCCAAAUUGGUCCUCACUCACUAGCAUCCAUUGUGUUUAAAACAGUGUGGUGCAGAAAUAUAGGUCAAUUGGAAACUUGCUACUUGGCAGAACAAUUGGAGGCAUUUACAUAAACUCAAGUACAGGUAGAUUGAAUGUGUUGCGGGGGUUUCCAGAAAGCAAUGCCUAUUGGGAGAACGUGACACCUCAUGGCAAGCCAAAGCAGAUGUGUUAGAAUGAUUUGUCACAGCAUAAUGACACCCAAUACAAUCACUAUAUAUAGUACAUACUACUGUGUUGUCCUCAUCUUUCAAGUUCUUAAAAGCACGACAAGUAAGAGGGUCAAAUUUUCUCGACAGCAAGGGAAUAUCCUAAUAAAAUCUCAGAACAGCAAUAGAAAUGUAAUUUCCAUGUGUAAUGGGAGAGAUGAGUGAGAUGAGUUUGUAAGAGAGCUGAGUGUGUUUGUCUGACCAGUGUGUGUGUGUGUUAUCUCCUAUCCAGGACCUGUGUGGAGCCUCCACCUGUGACACCCUGGGCAUGGCUGACGUGGGCACCAUGUGUGACCCCAAAAGAAGCUGCUCUGUGAUAGAAGACGACGGCCUGCCCUCCGCCUUCACCACUGCUCAUGAGCUUGGUGAGUGCUCUGUCACAUCCCCUCAGUCCAUCCUCCAGGGCUGGAAUUGGAUGUUCAGUUUACUUCAUGAAUUGACUGAAUUGACCCAAUGGGGUGAACCCAUUCACCCAAACCUGCUGUCCUCUCCAAACCCCACUCUCAUGGUCAUUGAGAACCCAAAGCUGCUGUUUUGUCAGUGUGCCAAGAAUAGUUACUCAAAAGUGACCCAGAUUUCCUCUUUAUAGUUUGAACAGUAUCAGCGCUGAUAUAAUAUUACACCUCCUUUCAGAAUACCUGAGCAACUUAAAAUAAUUUUGUAAAUGUCUAGUGUUUAUUGACUGACAAAAACAACAAGCCAUAUGACUUAUGCCGCCCAAGUAAAUCUAGUAAGUAAUAUAUUGACUAACAAAGAUGAAUGAGACAGUUGACGGUAAUGUCUCCCUUCCUUCCUCUUCCUGCUAUAGGCCACGUGUUCAACAUGCCGCAUGACAAUGUGAAGGCGUGUGAGGAGACGUUUGGGAAGCUGAAGGACAACCACAUGAUGUCCCCUACCCUGAUCCAGAUCAACAGGACCAGCCCUUGGUCCCCCUGCAGCGCAGCCAUCAUCACUGACUUCCUGGACAGUGGACAUGGUGAGUCAGCACAACCUCUGACCUCUAACCCCUGACACUCACACAUAGGCAUGUACGCACAGCACAUACCUGACCCCUGACUAAAGUGUGGUAGUGGUAAAGAGAUAUGUGGGUAACCCUUGAGUGCUGCUGGUAAAUAAGUGGGCAAACCCUUAUGCAAAACCCAUUUAUCUUGCGUAAUAGGUGGGAAAACCCUACAAGGUUGGUAAACUGCCUGGACAGUGGACAUGGUGAGUCAUCCUGACUCUUACCCUCUGACCCCUAACCCCUGACCCUUGUUGUGUAGAACAUGAGGAAGGAAUGUAGGGAGAGUGUUUGAUAAAGAGGUGUGAGUGAGUCUCAGCUGAACUCAGUCUCACUGUGGUGCUUCAGGCCCCCCCUUAUAACACACUCACUGGUUGACAACAUACAGUACAAACAUCUUGUGUUGUGUUGGCAACAGGACUGCUGAUGGCUGAUCACAUUGAGAGAGCACAUGCCCAUCCUAACGUGCUGCUGGACACAUAAUCACAGAGCCUGUUCUGUUCCUGUUCCUGUUGUGUCCCUGUCACAAACAGAGUCACACAGUCUAGCCUGUUAUCUGUUGCCACUUGGUCAGUAACCAGGGGGCUAUGAAGCCUGGGGUUGUUAAGGAGCAGGCUGACUUACUUCGCAAUGCAGACAUUUGUCUCUUGAUUUUUCUCAAUUCAGCUUGAUAAGAUAAAAUAGAUAAGAUGGAAGUUAUUGUCCCUGAAAGGGAAAUGUGUUUUGAACAUUUAAAUUGCUUAACAUUAUGAUUAUGAGUCUUCAAAUAGUCCAAGAAUGUAAUAACCUCUUAGCCAUGAAUAUAACCUGAUGGGGUAACAGCAGCUAUAAUAUAGUUGUCCCUGUCGUAAAGACAAAUCAUGAAUCAGAUAACUCUAAACGGGACAUGUGCACAGACCAGACAGGCUACCCUCAUUGUAACAUUGCAUGCACUCACAAAACGUUACAAUACAGACAGAGAGAGAGAACUCUCUCUACAGACAUCCUACUCUCUUGAAUAUGGAACGUGUGCCAAGCAGGGCAAACCAUAAGGUCUGGACCCAGAUCAGUGACAAACUGUUAUUUCAAGGCCUACUAUCCUGAACAUAUGUCCCAAAUUAGAGGGGCUGUCGUACCAAGAACCACCGCAGUGGUUUGGGCAGCUAGGUGUAGUCCCCAAUGCUUCCCACGCAGGUUCAAAUAGAAUAGAAGAAAAACGCUCUGUUCGUUCCAUUCUAUUUUUAUGCCCUUUUCAGGACAUUUUCCCUCAGGACAGAGAAGAGUAGACAACGACAAUGGCUGGUUCACAGUAGCACAAGCACGCACGCAUGCACACAAGUUAGGAGUGCCUUGAGACGUUAGGAGUGUGUCUCUUUGUUAACAACAGCUGGUGCACGGUCUCUAAUGUUAAGGAAGUUAUGGCACUCAACAACCUGUAUAGGUCCAUAUGCAAACAAGAAAAUGUACACCCAGAGGCGGCGCUUCUCGUGGCCGGUGAUUUUAAUGCAAGGAAAGUGAAAUCCAUUUUACCUCAUUUUAUAGGUCCAUAUAGCAUGUCACCUGUGCAACUAAAGGCCACAAAAUUCUAGAUCACCUUUACUCCACGCACAGAAACGUAUACAACGCUCUCCGUCGCCCUACCUGAUUCCUGCUUACAAGCAAAAAACUCAAACAGGAAGUACCAAUGACGCGCUCAAUACGGAAGUGGUCCGAUGAAGCACUACGGGACUGUUUCGCUAGCACAGACUGGAAUAUAUUCCAGUAUUCAUCCGAUAACAUUGAGGAGUUUACCACAUUUAACAAUUUUUUUUAAAUUUUUUGUCAUUUAGCAGACGCUCUUAUCCAGAGCGACUUACAGUAGCAAUUAGGGUUAAGUGCCUUGCUCAAGGGCACAUCGACAGAUUUUUCACCUAGUCGGCUCAGGGAUUAGAACCAACAACCUUUCGGUUACUGGCACUACGCUCUUAACCACUAAGCUACCUGCCGCCCCACAUCAGUCACCGGCUUCAUUAAUAAAUGCAUCAACUACGUCUUCCCCACCGUACGUACAUAUCCCAACCAGAAGCCAUGGAUUACAGGCAUGCCAUGGAUUUGUGUGUGAACGCACUGAGCUAAAGGCUAGAGUUGCCGCUUUCAAGGAGUGGGACAUUAUCCGGACACUUAUAAGAAAUCCCGCUAAGACCUUCGUCGAGCCAUCAAACAGGCAAAGCGUCAAUACAGGACUAAGAUCAAAUCCUACUACGCCGGCUCUGAUGCUCAUCGGAUUUGGCAGGGCAUGCAAAUUAUCAUGGAUUACAAAGGGAAACCCAGCCGUGAACUGCCCUGUGACACGAGCCUACCAGACGAGCUAAAUGCCUUCUAUGCUCGCUUCAAGGCAAGCAACACUGAACCAUGCAUGAGAGCACCAGCUGUUCCGGACGACUGUGUGAUCUCGCUCUCUGUAGCCAAUUUGAGUAAGACCUUUAAACAGGUUAACAUUCACAAGGCUGCGUGGCCAGACAGAUUACCAGGACACGUACAAGGAGCAUGGGCUGACUAGCUGGCAAGUGUCUUCACUGACAUUUUCAACCUCUCCCUGACCCAGUCUGUAAUACCUACAUGUUUCAAGCAGACCACCAUUGUCCCUGUGCCCAAGAACGCCAAGGUAACCUGUCUAAAUGACUAUCAUCCCGUAGCACUCACAUCUGUAGCCGUGAAAUGCAUGGCUCACAUCAACACGAUCAUCCGAGACACCCUGGACUCACUUCAAUUUGCAAACCGCCCCAACAGAUUCACAGAUGAUGCAAUCUCUAUUGCACUCCACGCUGCCUUCUCCCACCUGGACAAGAUGAACACCUAUGUGCGAAUGCUAUUCAUCGACUACAGCUCAGCGUUCAACACCAUAGUGCCCUCCAAGCUCAUCACUAAGCUCAGGACCCUGGUACUGAACACUUCCCUCUGCAACUUGAACCUGGACUUCCUGGCGGGCCUCCCGCAGGUGAUGAGGGUAGGCAACAACACAUCCGUCACUCUGAUCCUCAACACGUGGGCCUCUCAGGGGUGCAUGCUUAGUCCCCUCCUGUACUCCCUGUUCACCAAUGACUGCGUGGCCAAGCACGACUUCAACACCAUCAUUACGUUUGCUGUUGAUGAUGACACAACGGUGGUAGCCCUGAUCACCGAAGAUGAUGAGACAGCCUAUAGGGAGGACGUCAGUGACCUGGCAGUGUGGUGUCAGGAGAACCUCUUCUCAACGUCAGCGAGACAAUGGAGCUGAUUGUGGACUACAGGAAAUGGAAGGCCAAGCAUGCCCCCAUCCACAUCGACGGGGCUGUAGUGGAGCGGAUCGGGAGCUUCAAGUUCCUCGGUGUCCACAUCACUAAGGAAUUAACAUGGUCCACACACACCAACACAGUCGUGAAGAAGGCAACACAACUCCUCUUCCCCCUCAGAAGGAUGAAGAUAUUUGCCAUGGGCCCUCAGAUCCUCAAAAUGUUCUACAGCUGCACCAUUGAGAGCAUCUUGACUGGCUGUAUCACCACUUGGUAUGGCAACUGCUUGGCAUCCGACCCUUUUUUCUUCUCCCGGACAAUUAGCCAGUGCUCAUUUUAUCGCCUUUUCUAAAUAAAAAAAAUCGCCCAAAAGCUGGCUUUUACCGGCUAACAGAAAUCCUGCACUGGACGAGUGACCAGGAAGAUUUUCAUUUAUCGGACAUUUGAGAAAUGUACUGGUCAUCGAACCCAUUAGGGCGUCCACCCAUGCAGCUAUCGGCAUCAAUAACUGAGGGCUAUUGGCCAAAUUAUUUACAUGUCAUUACAAAAGCACUCUUCCUUGUGUUUCGAUUUUCGAUGUGUUGCAUAUGCAAAAUUUUAAAGCAUAUGGUUUUAUUGGUUUUUACUUUCCUAAAACAAUAAUUGUCAACCUCACGGUUCAGCUGUUGUAGAUUUGAGCACUAAAUGCAUCAGGGAAUUGCAUGCAAAUAGGCCUAUAGGCUUAGGCAUCCACUAUAUGAUAUUAAUAUUUAAAAAUAAAAUAUAAAGGAAUAGAAGCUUAGGCCUAGCCCCAGAGAGAGAGAGAGAGAUACAUAUACAGUGAGGGAAAUAAGUAUUUGAUCCCCUGCUGAUUUUGUACGUUUGCCCACUGACAAAGACAUGAUCAUUCUAUAAUUUUAGUGGUAUGUUUAUUUGAACAGUGAGAGACAGAAUAACAACAAAAAAAUCCAGAAAAACGCAUGUCAAAAAUGUUAUAAAUUGAUUUGCAUUUGAAUGAGGGAAAUAUUUGACCCCUCUGCAAAACAUGACUUAGUACUUGGUGGCAAAACCCUUGUUGGUAAUCACAGAGGUCAGACGUUUCUUGUAGUUGGCCACCAGGUUUGCACACAUCUCAGGAGGGAUUUUGUCCCACUCCUCUUUGCAGAUCUUCUCCAAGUCAUUAAGGUUUUGAGGCUGACGUUUGGCAACUCGAACCUUCAGCUCCCUCCACAGAUUUUCUAUGGGAUUAAGGUCUGGAGACUGGCUAGGCCACUCCAGGACCUUAAUGUGCUUCUUCUUGAGCCACUCCUUUGUUGCCUUGGCCAUGUGUUUUGGGUCAUUGUCAUGAUGGAAUACCCAUCCACGACCCAUUUUCAAUGCCCUGGCUGAGGGAAGGAGGUUCUCACCCAAGAUUUGACGGUACAUGGCCCGGUCCAUCGUCCCUUUGAUGCGGUGAAGUUGUCCUGUCCCCUUAGCAGAAACCACCCCCCCCCAAAAGCAUAAUGUUUCCACCUCCAUGUUUGACGGUGGGGAUGGUGUUCUUGCAGUCAUAGGCAGCAUUCCUCCUCCUCCAAACACGGCGAGUUGAGUUGAUGCCAAAGAGCUCCAUUUUGGUCUCAUCUGACCACAGCACUUUCACCCAAUUCUCCUCUGAAUCAUUCAGAUGUUCAUUGGCAAACUUCAGACGGGCCUGUAUAUGUGCUUUCUUGAGCAGCGGGACCUUGCGGGCGCUGCAGGAUUUCAGUCCUUCACUGCGUAGUGUGUUACCAAUAGUUUUCUUGGUGACUAUGGUCCCAGCUGCCUUGAGAUCAUUGACAAGAUCCUCCCUUGUAGUUCUGGGCUGAUUCCGCACCGUUCUCAUGAUCAUUGCAACUCCACGAGGUGAGAUCUUGCAUGGAGCCCCAGGCCGAGGGAGAUUGACAGUUCUUUUGUGUUUCUUCCAUUUGCGAAUAAUCGCACCAACUGUUGUCACCUUCUCACCAAGUUGCUUGGCGAUGGUCUUGUAGCCCAUUCCAGCCUUGUGUAGGUCUACAAUCUUGUCUCUGACAUCCUUGGAGAGCUCUUUGGUCUUGGCCAUGGUGGAGAGUUUGGAAUCUGAUUGAUUGAUUGCUUCUGUGGACAGGUGUCUUUUAUACCGGUAACAAGCUGAGAUUAGGAGCACUCCCUUUAAGAGUGUAUAAAUACCUGUAUAAAAGACACCUGGGAGGCAGAAAUCUUUCUGAUUGAGAGGGGGUCAAAUACUUAUUUCCCUAAUUAAAAUGCAAAUCAAUUUAUAACAUUUUUGACAUGCGUUUUUCUGGAUUGUUUUGUUGUUAUUCUGUCUCUCACUGUUCAAAUAAACCUACCAUUAAAAUUAUAGACUGAUCAUUUUUUUGUCAGUGGGCAUACGUACAAAAUCAGCAAGGGAUCAAAUACUUUUUUCCCUCACUGUAUGCCAGUGGUAUGCUACGACACCUACACUACCAGUCAAAAGUUUGGACACAUCUACUCAUUCAAGGGUUUUUCUUUAUUUUUACAUUUUUUUUUACAUUGUAGAAUAAUAGUGAAGACAUCAAAACUAUGAAAUAACACAUAUGGAAUCAUGUAGUAACCAAAGAAGUGUUAAACAAAUCAAAAUAUAUUUUAUAUUUGAGAUUCUUCAAAAUAGCCACCCUUUACUUUGAGGACAGCUUUGCACACUCUUGGCAGUCUCUCAACCAGCUUCAUGAGGUAGUCACCUGGAAUGCAUUUCAAUUAAUAGGUGUGCCUUCUUAAAAGUUAAUUUGUGGAAUUUCUUUCCUUCUUAAUGCGUUUGAGCCAAUCAGUUGUGUUUUGACAAGGUGACAGAAGAUAGCCCUAUUUGGUAAAAGACCAAGUGCAAGAACAGCUCAAAUAAGCAAAGAGAAACAACAGUCCAUCAUUACUUUAAGACAUGAAGGUCAGUCAAUACGGAACAUUUCAAGAACUUUGUUUCUUCAAAUGCAGUCGUAAAAACCAUCAAGCGCUACGAUGAAACUGGCUCUCAUGAGGACCGCCACAGGAAUGGAAAACCCAGAGUUACCUCUGCUGCAGAGGAUAAGUUAAUUAGAGUUACCAGCCUCAGAAAUUGCAGCCCAAAUAAAUGCUUCACAGAGCUCAAGUCAUAGACACAUCUCAACAACAAUUGUUUAUAGGGGACUUGUCAAUCAGGCCUUCAUGUUCGAAUUGCUGCAAAGAAACCACUACUAAAGGACACCAAUAAGAAGAACAGACCUGCUUGGGCCAAGAAACACGAGCAAUGGACAUUAGACCAUUGGAAAUGUGUCCUUUGGUCUGGAGUCCAAAUUGGAGAUUGUUGGUUCCAACCGCCUUGUCUUUGUGAGACGCGGUGUGGGUGAACGGAUGAUCUCCGCAUGUGUAAUUCCCACAGUAAAGCAUGGAGGAGGAGGUGUUAUGGUGUGUAAGGGCUUUUUUACCAAGAAGGAGAGUGAUGGAAUGCUGCAUCAGAUGACCUGGCCUCCACAAUCCCCCGACCUCAACCCAAUUGAGAUGGUCUGGGAUGAGUCGGACGGCAGAGUGAAUGAAAAGCAGCCAACGAGUGCUCAGCAUAUGUGGGAACUCCUUCAAGACUGUUGGAAAAGUAUUCCAGGUGAAGCUGGUUGAGAGAAUGCCAAGAAUGUGCAAAGCUGACGUAAAGUCAAAAGGUGACUAUUAGAAGAAUCUCAUAUCUCGAAAUAUAUUUUGAUUUGUUUAACACUACAUGAUUCCAUAUGUGUUAUUUCAUAGUUUUGAUGUCUUCACUAUUAUUCUACAGUGUAGAAAAUAGUAAAAAUAAAGAAAAACCCUUGAAUGAGUUGGUGUGUCCAAACCUUUGACUGGUACUGUACAUGAAUUUAUUUAUCCUUGUCAGAUAGGCUACUGCGUCUGCUAUAUAGAUAUACAUACAGAAGGAGGCUAAUUCGUUAAUAUUUUAUCAAAAUAUUAUUUUUUAUAAAGAUAAGCAUUAUAUUGUUAGAUUAUAGGAGAAUAUUUGGUACGUCCAAAUCUUUCUUCCUCACUUCAAGUUCUACUGUCAUAGUCAGUUGGAGUGCCAGUGCCCACUGCCUUCAUAUCAUAGGCCUGCAGUAGCAUUUAAUAGGCUAAUAGCCACACCACACCAAACCUUCACCAAAGUUUCUAAACUUAAGGUAAGGUAAUAUCAUAAGUAAGUCAAGUUAUUGCUAAAGGGAAAAUACAAGCAGGAUAUUAUAUCAGAGCAAACACAACAUUACAGUUGGAACUUCAUUUGGCCAAAGAAAAUGGCUCAACAGAAUGAAACAAAACACUUGCGAACUGGUUUAAACCUUCACAAAAGUUUUGAACAGGCUAUAUUGCAGGAAUUAUCAAGAAAGUCUAGGUCCUACCGUACCCAACAAGUGACAGCAAUGGGCUAAUUAUAUUUAUUUUACAACAGGCUUACUUUAUAACCUAUCUUAAACUAAAUGCACACAAUUUAAAAGAUAGAUCGAACUUCAUUUAGCCAACGACAAUCUCUCAACAGAAUGAAACAAAACACAUUUUACAUAGGCUAUUUAAAGAACUGGUUUAGACUAAUAAAUAGGCCUACAAUAAUGAUGAUAAAACUAAUUAUUAUAAAUACAUUUGUUUUAAUAAAUUAAGUUCCAAAAAUGCAUCCUAUCUAAAUAGCGAGUUGCACAGUAGCCUGCACAUGGCCAUUUGUGUGGUAUUAAAAAAGAGUCUGCUAAUGUCUUCUAUCAUGCAAAUGACGUAGAAUGCAUGAAAUGCAUUUAUAAAAGGCAAUAAGAAAUCUAGACCCUGCAGUAAAAUAAAUCCCCAUGUGUGGAAAUCAUAAAAAUGCAUCUGCUCAACUGUAUGCUACGCAAAUGUGAUUAUAGAUGCAUGCAAGGUGCUACAAUUAUUAUUAUUUUUAAAUACACACACACAAUUUAAUUCCACUAAAUUAUGCGAAUUAACCUAUAAGCUGAUAAGCAUGACUGGUCAAAUGUAUUUACAUCGACUGGCAUUUCCCUCCAUGAAUAGGUUAAAAAGCAUAAUUUUGCAAUGGGAUUUUUUCUUCUCCCGGCCAAGGUGCCAAUUUAUUUAUCUGCUUUUCAGAUUUUUUUAGGCCAAAAGCGGGCUAUUACCCGCUAAAGUAAACCCUGUUACAUAUCUACCUCAAUUACCUCAUUCCCCUGCACAUCGACUCGGUACUGGUACCCCAUGUAUAUAGCCAAGUUAUUGAUACUCAUUAUGUAUUUAUUCCUCGAGUUAUAUAUAUAUAUAUAUAUAUAUAUAUUUACUCUCUGCAUUGUUGGGAAGGUCCUGUAAGUAAGCAUUUCACUGUUAGUAUACCCCUUUUGUUUACGAAGCAUGUGACAAAUAAAAUGAGAUUUUAGUGUAUUGAGAAGUUAGGAGUGUCUCGCUGAGUGCUAAAUCACAGACGUUCCGACUCUUCCAAUUCAGUAAUUUUGUGACAGCAGCCUCAGUCUGGCCUUUUGAUGUUGUGUAACACAGGCCUGUCAAACCCCAACUAUUAUUAGACUUUUCCUGGAAACAGCUAGGUCCUCUGCUCUGUGCUUCUUCUUAUCGUAACUCCACUCUGCAGGGCUUUCGACACUCAGCUGUGCUGUCUUAGGUCAGUUAAUUUGCAUGUACCUGUUUGUGUGUGUGUGUGUGUGUCUGUGUGCAUGUGUGUGCGUGCACGUGUGUGUGUGUGUGUGCAUAUCUGUGUGCUUGUGUGUGUGUAUGAUCGUUACUCCACUCAGCAGGGCAGAGGCAGACACAUAUGGAACAGCACACUGAGGGGUUAAACUAGACUUGGCCGAGUCAAGUGAUUGUGUGUGUAUGUUUUAGGAGGCAGACGUACCCCCUCCUGUGUGUGUGUGUGUACGUGCGUGCGUGUGUUUGGUUGGGGUUGGUCUUUAACAGCUCAGUGUAAUGAACCAUCAGCAGUUUCUGAAGGGCCGUCUUCAAAGGGGUCGACGUCACAGGGUCACAACUGGGUGGCUGGCUGAGAGGCUGUGCACUUGUUUAAUCUGCACACACAUGCACGCACACAGAGAUACACACACACUCACGCCAACAUUUUCAAAUCCUCACGUGCAAAGGGUUUCAGAAAAAGAAAAAAAGAGAAAGGAUGCUAAAAGACAGAGCAGUUAAACACUUGAAUUCCAGGCACUUGAAUACAGUAAACUCAACCUUACUGAGAGUUGGAGUGAAAAACCUCUGUUGGUGUAGCUGUGUAACUCAUGGCCUGUAUCUGUCUCUCUCUGUUCACUAGGUGAGUGUCUGCUGGAUCAGCCCCUGAAGCCUCUGGCCCUGCCUGAAGUCCUCCCUGGAUCAUCCUACAGCCUGGACCGGCAGUGCGAGCUGGCCUUUGGAGAUGGCUCCAAGCCUUGUCCCUUCAUGCAGCCGCCCUGUGGUCGGCUCUGGUGUACAGGGAAGUCCCGGGGCCAGCUAGUGUGUCAGACACGUCACUUCCCCUGGGCUGAUGGCACCGCCUGUGGGGAUGGAAAGUUGUGUAUGAGGGGCGUCUGCAUGGAUAAGAUGGAUAUACACAAGACUAAGGUAAGGCUCUGAGAUAUGCACAUGCACGCUCAUGCAGUUGGCAGGCAGGCACACAUACACACAAACACACACACACACACACACUCGUCAAACACUUGUGAAACACUCAUCAACACACUUCAUACACUUAAAGCUUUCAAGCAAUUCUCACACCAGUGUGCGAUAUGUCAUGUCAGUAGAGACGUGAAUCCACUACCACUGUGGUGUGAAUGACGCAAGCCACAUGUUGUCAAACAUACUUAUUUAGGCCUUUUAGUCAUGCUGGAGCAAAGGCCACUGACAUAGACCAUUUUGUCAUAUCUCUUAUAAGAACCAUGUAAUAACACUUUAAUAACACUGUUAUAGCCGUAUAAUAACCUGUUAUAACCUCACCUCAGGUGGACGGGCGGUGGGGGAGGUGGGGUUCGUUUGGCUCCUGCUCCCGUACGUGUGGCGGGGGUGUCCAACUGGCCAAGAGGGAGUGUAACAACCCAGUGCCCUCCAACGGGGGCAAAUACUGCCAAGGGGUCCGGGUCAAGUACCGCUCCUGUAGCCUGAACCCCUGCCCUGACGCAGGUAAGAGUCGGCCCAAUUCCUAUAUUUAAUUACCUAAUCCUCUCCAUUCCCUUUGGGACAUAUUGUAAGCUCAAUGAGCUCACUCCACUUCUUCCGGAGCGUGGCAACAUGUUGUACCUUGCUCCAAGAGAGGUUGAUCCCUGCCUGGUCAUCCCUCAAAACCUACAACUACUUUACUCAAUUACUUUUACUUUAUUACAUUUAGUUUUACAGGGACGGUGCACAUUAAUCAACAUUACUGUAAAUGUGCUAACCUGUAUGGUUGGUCCUCACCUCUAACAUCUUGACCUCUCUCUCCCUGUCUUAGGUAAAAGCUACCGCGAGGAGCAGUGUGAGGCUUUUAACGGGUUCAGCCUCAACACCAACCGUCUUACCCCCUCUGUGGUCUGGGUCCCCAAGUACUCCGGGGUCUCCCCCAAGGACAAGUGCAAGCUCAUUUGCAGGGCCAACGGCACCGGAUACUUCUACGUCCUUGCACCCAAGGUUAGUUAGCAGCCACUGUCCUAUUCUAUUUUGUUUUAUUCUGUUCUAUGUCCUCAAACCUAAGGUUAGCAGCAGGCACAUUUGAAAUCAUGAAGACGUGGUACAUGUGAGCUAGACGCAGCAGUGUUAACCACUACACAUUAGAGGUCUUCUCGGAUCCCGAAAUUGAGAUCCGAAUGGAAUUGGCCUGUGUGCAAAUGUAGGCAAUAGUUCCUCACUGUGUUUGAAAAAUCUUUCCAACACUCUCCUUCUUGAGAUGUGUAAGUAACCACUGCGCCCCCCCCCCCCCCCCCCCCCCCAAAAACACACACACAGACACACACAGACACACACAGACACACACACACACACACACACACACACACACAUACAUGCAGAUGAACUGACCUAAGAUAGCAGCGUCUUAAAAGAAAGGAGGAGGAGAUGGAGACAAGGCUUAUCUUGUUCAGACAGAGUGGUGUGGAGUGAGACAGAGCAGGAGCCCCAGUCACGGCAUGGAGUUGCGGGUUCCACAGUCCACAAACCUCCACUUCACGCUGCCGUCACACUAGCAGGCUGUCAGAGCAGGGGCAGAUAUGCAGAGAGACAUGAUAAGAGCUCUUACUGGUCAACACUGGAACAGAGUUUCUGAGAACAAGUAUGUUUAUUUUUAAAAUUGGGACUUCAAUUGGCUCCCAGUUUUGACCGGGUCAUGGGAAAAAAGGCAGUUGAGUUCAGUUGAGGCGGUACUCACAGACACCGUGUUGAGUUAUCAGCUACAUAUUUCACCAUGGCCCCGACCCUGCCAACACAGACUGUUGAGCGUACUGACCUGGUCGACUGCUUCCACUCUAGACAGGCUGAUCAUGCGUUAGUAGGGUCAUGUUCAGGGUGAGAGAACCAACUAUAAGGCUGUAUGUAAACUCUAUAUUUUGCUCAGUCUAAGCGCAUCACAGCAGGUCAGAACAGAGGGGUAUCCUACGACGCAAGCUAUAUCUACUCAGGGUUUUCUAAAGCUAACCAGCCUCAGUUAGCUUCACAUUCCAGCUCAGGCUUCAUCCGUACUACGACAGUGGAUAUUGCUCGUCCGCCUGUUGCUAACUCUAGCAGGCUUUUAACUGCACUUGCAUGUCGCGCUUGGCUAGUCGAACAACGAACUCUUCAUUGAGACAAUGCUGAAACAUCAAUCCAUGGGCGAGUCAGUGCCAAAUAUUCAUUUGUGCCGAAAUCAAAAUGAAAAAAAAGUUUUCUUGCAAAUUCAGCAGCCUAUGGUGUGAAAUAGGCUUUUUUAUUUUAUGACUUAUCUUUAUUUUAUUACUUAUCGUUAAUGCCGUCUUUGGUGUGCUUUGGUGUGCUUAUCAAUGCACAAGCAUAUUUUAUCCCCACUCCUAUCGAUAUUUUUUAUUUCUUUAUUAAGUCAUACAAAAGUGUUACAUUGCGUGAAGUUUUACAUUUAUUUUGUCAUUACUAAAUGUGUAAUGUGAUAUUUUAACAUUACUGUUUUUUAACACACAAAAAAACAUUUGAAUAAUAAAAUAUUUAAUCAGUCGUCUUUGCAAGAGGGACGGAAUCUGAUUUCAUUGGUCCUCAACUUGCGGCUCAGUCAUUUCACUCAGGGUAAGUGGAGUUAGCCAAGAGUUAGCCUGCCCGGAGCAGGUUAGUUCUGAAGAAUUCGUUGCCAUAGAAAUGUACCUGGCUAAAAGGUGAGCCACUUUCGUAUGACCGGUUAUCCCGAGUAGACCAAAGUUACCUCGCUAACUCCUCAAACCUGCUUCGUAGGAUACCCCUCAAACCUGCUUCGUAGGAUACCCCUCAGGUGUGAUAUUUUACAUGUACAGUUUGUGUAUGUCAUGUACACUAAUCUCAGAACCCAGAACUGAAUUGGCUAUUGAUGUUGCAUAACAUCUGUCCCUUGAGAUUAGUGAUGUACGUUUAUUCACAGAUAAUGUAACAAUUUGUUGAGUAAUAAAAUAUAUACAUCUCUGUAUCCCAGGUGGUGGAUGGGACCCCGUGUUCUCCAGACUCCUCAGCAGUGUGUGUCCAGGGGAAGUGUAUCAAGGCUGGUUGUGACGGCAAGCUGGGCUCCAACAAGAAGUUUGACAAGUGUGGCAUCUGUGGAGGUGACAACAAGAGCUGCAAGAAGGUGUCAGGACUCUUCACCAAACCCAUGUGAGUUCUAGGACCAUUUAUGCGAUUUCUCGUAGGUGUUUGGAGAACCAUCUUGUAAUGCAUAGAAGUCGUCAUUGUUUACAAAUGACACAAAUUCCUAUAACAGGAAUGGAUUGGAUGAAUUCCAUGUAAAAGGAAUGGUUUUGUAAACAUUGCUAUAACUGUUUAAUAACAGUGAUUUUACUGAUUUAUGAAAGUAUUCUAUUUCCCCCUCCCAGACACGGUUACAACUUUGUGGUCAUGCUGCCGGUGGGGGCAUCCAACAUUGACGUCCGGCAGCGUGGCUACAAGGGCCUGGUGAGUGAUGACAACUACCUGGCGGUGAAGAACAGCCAGGGCCAGUACCUUCUUAACGGGAACUACGUGGUGUCUGCCGUGGAGAGAGACAUCAUCGUGAAGGGUAGCCUGCUGAGGUACAGCGGUACGGCCGGCCUGGCAGAGACCUUGCUGGCUGUGAAGCCGAUCCGCGAGGCCCUCACCGUGGAGGUCCUGUCUGUCGGUCAAAUGACCCCUCCCCGCAUCCGCUACUCCUUCUACCUGGCCCGCGAGAGCAAGGACAAGAAGAAGGAGGACCGGGCGAGGUCACAUAAUAGUGUUCUAGCGGAGGAAGUGGGCGGGGGGCAGAAGGGAGGAGAAGGAGGGGACCUCCUGAAGAAGUCCUCAUACAGUAUCGAGGGGCCCAUUCCGGGGAAGUGGUCCGCGGCCAUGUGGGACGAGUGUUCGGUGACGUGUGGGAGCGGGGUGCAGGGGAGGCUGGUGCAGUGCCUGGGGCAGGACGGAGAGCCAGGGCUGGACUGUGACUCGACGAUGAGGCCCUCGGCCACCAGGGUGUGUGGGGACCCCUGUCCGGUGUGGGAGAUCGGGGUGUGGUCGCCCUGCUCCAGGAGCUGCGGGAAAGGCUUCAAGAGGCGGCCGCUGCGCUGUACCACCCAGACGGGGCUGCAGCUGCCCCGGGACCACUGCAGCGCGGGGAAACGCAAGCCACAGGAGCUGGACUUCUGUCACCUAAAGCCCUGUUAACACACCAUGAACCCUCCUAUUGUUCCCUCCUAGUCUACAGUACUAUUCCUCCUCAAUGGAAUGGUGUGUUUUUCAAAAAUGCAUUCGACAAAGAAAAGACAAAACCAAUAAGAAGAAACAAUCCCAUAAUGAUCCAGAACUUUGUUUGUGGUGUAUCUGGCAUCUGCCUGCAACAUGGGACAAAUGUGAAGAACAUGAAGGACACAAUGUUGUUGGAAACACAGAGAGACUGAGAGGGAGAUGUGCUGUAGUCUUUAGGUCAUUGGUUAGUUACAGCAACAUACCGGUAACACUUUUGAAGAGCCAAUAUUACAGAAAGAGUUGUUGUUGUUUGUAUUUUUUGUUACAAUCCCAAUGUAUUCUAGAUUGUAUACUAGAAUGUUCAUAUGCCAGCAAUCCAUCCAGUUGACCUGAGGUAUCUGGAACCAAUGCACCAUCUUGUCCCUCUCUGGUGUUGUAAAGUUCAGGUUCUGUGGGACAUAGCAGAACUCUAAGUCGCUGGCGAGCCAACUGUCCACACAGCUUUCUCACCUGCUUAUCCUGGAGCCAGACUUUUUGGGAAAACAUAAAGAAAACAGACAGUAUGGAAAGAUCAUAAUGCCCUUGUACUGCAUGAGAAGACUUUAUACUGCAAAAAUACUUAUUGUAUCCCCUUUACGUCCAGAGGUAGAAUAACAAUCAGGGAAAAUGGUUGUACUAUACAGAUUAUUGUACAGAGUAUUAUUGCACCGAAUAUUACCAGUAGAUACAGUAGCAUGGUAAUCAUUCCACACCUGGUUCUAGAAUUAACAUGUUCUUAUUACGAAUUCAUUUGGUAAGCAUAGAAUGUGUUGAUGCGAUAUCUGUUCCGUGAUCCAUGAAAAUAAUUGUUUUCCUAUUGUGUUCUGCUCCUCCACGACAUGAAAUAUGCCUACACAUUUUUUUAGCAAUGACAAAAAGGGGUAGUGCAAUGGGAUAUUAUAUCUGUUUCCCCUGUGCUCCUCUUGCAAACAAUACAGAAGAGCAGAAAUAAACCUGUACUUGGAUGCAGCAUAAGACAUUAACUUUCUACAGACUUCAGACAGACAGCAGAACUUCAGUAGCGGAAACUGUUACAGAAAUAGACGCUAAAAUCGUCCUAUUGGCUGCUUUAGAAAAAGCCCCAUACGGUAGUGUAGUCAGUCCCUAGAAGCGUACUGGGACAGGAAAAAGGAAAAUUGCUACCCACGCCUCUGUAGUCGUCUGCACUCUGUCACCACCACACCACUAUGUUAGCGAGAGAGAGCUCUCAGCGAUGUCAUCAUCCUCUAAGUUAGGCUGCGCCCAGCCCCACACUAAGUUAGGCUGCGCCCCAGCCUCUGACUUCACCGGCCGUUACCACGUUGUUCAGCUCAGCUCAGCUCAGCAGAGAACGAUGUUGACUCAGCCUGUUGCCUGAUUGAUUCCCCCUCCCUCUACACGGAUUGAAGUGGAUUUA